ACGUACGCAGAAUAUUCUGGGUAUUUGCUUCCCGUCACGGCUGGCAUGAAGCAAGGAAGCGCUGUACAUUGUUCGUCCAGUCUAAUACUUUCAAAAGAAAGCUCUACAAAAAAACGAAACAAUGCCACUCACACCUCUCGUUUACUGGGCUCAACGCCAUGAAGAUAUUUACCUGCGAGUGGAACUGACAGACGCCCAGAAUAUUGGUGUCAAUGUGAACGACAACGUGCUUCAGUUUAGAGCCCAGGGCCAUGGUGCAAAAGGACAAAAUGAAUAUGAGUUCAGCUUGGAGUUUCUUUUACCAGUAAAGUCAGAGGUGAGCCACAAGUCCACUCAGCGUCAGGUGAAUAUUACAGUGCGGAAAGAGCAGCGAGGCUGGUGGGAAAGACUGACGCUACAGGAGCGCAAACCAGUCUUCCUAGCACCGGACUUUGACCGUUGGCUGGACGAGUCAGAUGCUGAGAUGGAGAUCCGGGAAAAGGAGGAGAAAAGGAACAUGCUGAAGGCAUCAAGGCAUAAAGAGGAAGGUUUUGUCAGCUUGAAAACAGGAUUUUUAUUUGUAUACAACCUGGUGCAGUUUCUUGGUUUUUCAUGGAUCUUUGUCAACAUGACCGUGCGGCUCUUUAUCUUUGGCCAAGAUUUUCUCUACGACACAUUUCACACCAUAUCGGAUGUGAUGUUCUUCUGCCAGAUCCUGGCAGCAGUAGAGGUCCUCAAUGCUGCUUUCGGUGUCGUCCAGACAGGUGUUAUUCCAACUUUUAUACAGGUGGUUGGAAGGAAUUUUAUCCUCUUCAUAAUUUUUGGUAGUUUGGAAGAAAUGCAUAACCAGCCAGUUGUGUUCUUCGUUUUCUAUCUGUGGAGCACCAUUGAGAUUUUUAGGUAUCCAUUUUACAUGCUGGGCUGUUUAAAUACAGAGUGGAAAGCGCUCACUUGGCUGCGGUACACAAUCUGGAUACCACUGUAUCCAUUAGGUGUUCUAGCUGAAGCUGUUGCUGUGAUACAAUCCAUUCCCAUCUUUGACAAGACCAAACUCUUCAGCAUUCCUCUGCCAAAAGCUGUCGGUACCUCCAUCAGCUUCUCAUACGUCCUUCACAUCUAUCUUGUACUCAUGUUUCUGGGACUUUUUAUCAACUUUCGUCAUCUUUACAAGCAAAGGAAAAGGCGUUUCCGUACCAAGAAGAGGAAGGCAAAUUGAGCAAAAAUACUCCAGACACCUUUGCUGCCUGCUUUUUUCUGGAUGAAGUGUUUUAACUGAUCUUGGACCAUGCUCCUCUCAAAUUAAUUCUAGUUUUUAUUGUUUUUCUUUUCCACAGCCUGUUUGCUCUCACUAAAAUAAUUACAUCCAUGGUAAAAAUGGACAUCCUACAGAUAAUGCAAUAUCUGAGCAUUACAUUGAUGUCUCAUUUACUGGUGAUUGAUUUCUCUUAAGAUGUAAACUGAGUAUUUUGUAGGAAGGAAGAGAGCUAUAACAAGCCAUAUAUUUUG